UUUAAAUUUACUUAAAAAAAACUAAAAUAUAUUUCCAAUAAAAAUGGCUUUUAUGUCUCGUGAAUAUAAAUUCGAAACCACCAUUACCAUGCACAAGAAAGAUCAACACACCAUGGCCAUGCGCAGCCUGAAAAAGCUGGUCAAACCAUUAUUGCGGUUGGUGAAAAAGAAACAAUUGCUGAAGAAAACUCUGGCUGAAAUACAACAAAACACCUACAACUCCAGCUUGGAAGAUAUGCGCAAAGAUCCCGUUUCCCUCAAUGCUGUAGAAGAUAAUGUAGCCAACGAGGCUUUGGAGCAAAGAAUCUUUAGUGAAAUUAGACAGUGUCCCUCCAAUGCCGCUGUAAUUGUUCAACACGGCCAGCAACAGCAAGUGGUAGCCGUUCAACAACAACAAAAUUUUAUUCCUGUACACUUUGCCCGCACCAAUGGUGGCACCUUCUUCUGGACCUCCAUAGACUCGGCCAAACAGCAAGAACUCCAAAUGAGAAAUCAAUUGGAUAGAUGGGCUCAAGCUUAAGUUUGUCUACUUCAUCAUCCACAAAUUUAAACAAAAGAAUCCUGUUGGUAGCAGCUUUAAUUAAACAAUAUUUUCCCUGACAUUCAGGGAAAACUUUGCUUUAGUUUUUUUUUUAUAAAAAUAAUUUUGUGUGUAAGCAAAAAUCAGUGAUAUUAGUUUUUUUAGGGUUGAUUUUUUCGUUUAAAGAAAAAAAUUACUUUUAGGAAAAAAAAAUUAAUAGAAAAUUAUUGAAAUUAUGUUUGUAACAAUAAUAAUUGAUAUUCAAUUUAUUAGUUAAAUAUUAGUUUUAUAACACCGCAUAUUUUUGUAUGUGUAAUUUAUUGUGAUUGUAUUUUAAUAAUGAUCAUUGUCUUCCUGUAGUUUUUAGGGCCUUUUUUUAGUUUUAAUUUAAAAUCAAUUGUCUUCCAUAUAAAAAUAGAUUUAUAUACAUAGAAAAUUAAGGGGUUUUUAUUAUUUAAGCACCAGAAAAUAAAUAACAAAAUUGUUAAGAAAAUAAUAUAACAAUUUAUUGAAAAAACAAAA